CUGUAUUUGGAUGAUAAAUCAAUCUUGCAGUACUGGAAAGACGAUUAGAAGCUCAGAAAGGGAAUAUUGUGAAGAGAAGGAUAAAACAGAGGAAGAAGAAGAUUAAAGAGAGAAAAUGUCUGCUCCCUUGUCAGAUUGGCCAUGGCAGAACUUGGGAGUUUACAAGUAUGUGCUAUAUGGGCCUCUCCUCGCAAAAGUUCUAUAUUCAGGAUUCCAUGAAGAAAGCUUCAAGGACAACUGGUGUUUUCACAUUCUUCUUAUUUGCUGGCUUAGAGGACUAGUUUAUAUAUUGUGGAGCUCUUACAGUAACAUGCCUUUCCUAACCCGGAAUCGUCGGAUCAAUAAAGAAGGGGUUGAUUUUAAUCAGACGGACAGAGAAUGGGAUUGGGAUAAUUUCAUUCUGCUUCAAGCACUCAUUGGGUCCAUGGCUUGUUACAUGUUUCCAUUCCUUCAAAACCUCCCUAUUUGGAACCCAAAAGGGUUUCUUGCUGUAUUGAUUCUCCAUAUUGUAGUCUCAGAACCUCUGUAUUACUGGGUUCACAGAUGUCUUCACACAAGUCAUCUUUUCACCGAUUACCAUUCUUUACACCAUGGUUCUCCAGUACUCCAGCCCCUAACAGCUGGACAUGCAACAUUUUUGGAGCACCUAAUAUUGGCAACAGUGAUUGGAAUUCCAAUACUUGGGUCUUCCAUGAUGGGAUUUGGAUCAAUAAGCACGAUUUUUGGCUACAUUUUGGUAUUUGAUUUUCUCAGAGGUUUGGGGCAUUGCAAUGUAGAAGUUAUCCCUCAUCAAGUAUUCGAGAUCCUCCCUUUCGCUAAAUAUCUACUCUACACCCCAACAUACCACAGCAUUCACCACACAGAUAUGAAGUCCAAUUACUGUCUCUUUAUGCCUUUCUUUGAUGCCUUAUGGAGUACGCUCGAGGGCGAGUCUUGGGAACUCCACAAGAAAAUGACUUCAGAUUCUGGAAAUAAUGAGAGGGUAGCAGAAUUUGUAUUCCUAGCGCAUGUAGUGGAUUUGACAUCGGCAAUGCACGCACCAUUCGUUUUUAGAUCAUAUGCGUCGAUACCAUAUACUACCAGAAUGAUCUUGCUGCCUCUUUUGCCUCUUACCUUCUUGUUUAUGCUGGGGAUGUGGGCAUGGGCUAAGCCCUUCAAAGUCUCAUUUUACAACCUUAGAGGCCGCCUUCACGAGACCUGGACAGUACCCAGGUUUGGUUUUCAGUACUUCUUGCCAUUUUCCUUGGAUGGCAUCAAUAAGCACAUUGAGGAUGCCAUUCUUAGUGCUGAUAGACUUGGUGUUAAGGUCAUUAGCUUGGCAGCAUUGAAUAAGAAUGAAUCACUUAAUGGCGGUGGAACACUGUUUGUGAACAAGCAUCCAGAUCUCAAAGUUCGUGUUGUUCAUGGGAAUACAUUAACUGCUGCAGUAAUUCUCAAUGAAAUCCCAAGAGACACCAAAGAAGUGUUUUUAACAGGAGCCACUUCAAAGCUUGGAAGAGCCAUUGCACUCUUUCUUUGCCAAAGGAAAGUUAGAGUCCUAAUGUUAACUCUAUCAACAGAGAGAUUCCAAAAAAUUCAAAAGGAAGCUCCUGUGGAUUGUCAAAACUGUCUAGUCCAGGUUACCAAGUACCAAGCAGCUCAGAACUGUAAGACAUGGAUUGUGGGGAAAUGGAUUACACCAAGAGAGCAAAGUUGGGCUCCAUCAGGUGCACAUUUUCAUCAGUUUGUGGUGCCACCCGUUUUGGCCUUUAGAAGGGACUGCACGUAUGGGGAUCUUGCAGCGAUGAGGCUACCGGAAGAUGUCCAAGGGCUUGGUUCUUGUGAGUAUACGAUGGAGAGAGGAGUAGUUCACGCAUGCCAUGCAGGUGGUGUGGUUCACUCAUUAGAAGGUUGGACACACCAUGAAGUUGGAGCGAUCGAUGUUGAACGAAUCGAGCUGGUUUGGAAGGCAGCACUAAAACAUGGCUUGAAGUCUGUAUCAAGUGCUGGCAAUCAAGAUUCAGCUUGCAUGAUUUGAUGAAAAGGGAUGGAGAUCAAGAAUUUGGUAUAAAGAAAGCCUUUAAUAUGUGCUACUGCUACAUAUAUAUAGGAAAGGGGAAAGAAUUUGUUUGUGAGGUUGUAAUUAACUGAAAUCUUAUAUAUUUGUGUAUC